AAUCACAAAUGCAAGAAUAUUUACAGCUAUGGCUUCCAUUCCUUCAAGCAAGGCACAUGAACAGGAGGUUGAGAUCGAAGUGGUCAAAGAAACUUCAACUUCUCAAGGACUGGCCCAUGAUUUGUCUAUGCCAAUGGAAGCACGUGCACUUGAUCAGACUGACCCCAGACAAAGCCAGGCGGCACUUGUGACCCCAGUACUGGGUCAGGUUAGAAAGAAGAUACCAACAAAGUCUGCAUCUUCAGUGCCUCCUGCAACCACUUUAGUAGCUACAAGUGACAUUUCCCAUAUCCAAACUCAAUUUCAGUACGACAAGAACUUGAGGACUGAACUCUAUAACAUCUGCAAUCAAAAUGCAGAAAGUCUAUUGCAGCGUAUUGAGGCUUACAUAAGCCAAAGUCAGGUUUAUAAAGAUGUUUCCAGAUUAAAGGAGUAAGGGUUCUUGUUACCUUCCUGAUUAUUUGCUUAAUGUUGGUAAUCUUUCCUUACUAAUCUAAACCACAGAGAGUUGGAAAACUCAAGAUCAGAUAAAAUUGAAGCUUUUGGGAGGGUCAGAAUUCUCGAAGAGAGACUUGAAGAGCAGACCGAUAGACUGCAGAGUGAGUCCAAGCGGUCUCAAGAGAUUUUGGCUUCUCAGAGAGAACUAUUCCGAGAACAUGAAGCCCUCAAAUCCAUGAAC